CUAAUAACAACACUAACCUCUAAAAAAGUGUAAGCAUAGUGUCAAGUUCUUAAAAUUGUUUAAAAAAAAAAAAAAAAAAAAAAACUAGCGAUGCCAUUCACAGCAGACGCAGCAGCGCACCAGAUCCAGGAGCGUCUGAAGAGUAUCUACCAGCUGGUGAAGGACAUCGACACAGAGCGAACUAGAUCCGAGGUGAAUUUAAACAACAUAACAAAAGCCCACGAAAAAGUGACCCCGGACGACAAAAUAACUCCUUACUACCAACAAAAGCUAAAAACGUUGUACAACUCGGCGAUUCAGGACGCGCUGCAAGAAGAAGAGCUUCUGAGGUCAGCGCUGUCGAAAAUCAACGAGAUCCGAGCGAUCAGGAACGAGCGGCGAAUCCAGGCGAGGAAUGCGGGGAAUAAAGAGACGAUUCGUCGCGGGGCGCUGAUGAAGAUGCUCCAGAGCACCGCUGCAACCUUGCCGCUGUACGUCGGCAAGACUCCUGGAGCCAAAGCGCCUCCUCUGUGCGGCGCGGUCCCCGCAGAGUCGACCUACGUCGCCAAGAUGGGCGACAUGGUCGCGGCUUUGGUCAAGAGCUCUUCCGAUGAAGAGGAGAACUGGAUCCUAGCGGAGGUCGUUCACUUUAAUUCCACCACCAACAAGUACGAGGUCGACGACAUUGACGAGGAGCAGAAGGACCGGCACACUCUGUCCAGAAGAAGGGUUGUGCCCUUGCCGCUGAUGAGGGCCAACCCGGACACUGAUGCUCACGCUUUGUUCCCCAAAGGGUCCAUUGUUAUGGCGCUCUAUCCUCAGACCACGUGCUUUUAUAAAGCUGUUGUUAAUCAGCUGCCCAAUUCUGCUACUGAGGAGUAUGAAGUCCUCUUUGAAGAUGCUUCUUAUGCUGAUGGAUACUCACCGCCGUUGAAUGUCGCUCAGCGGUAUGUUAUUUCUAUUAAGGAGGGAAAGAAGAGCAAGAGCUAGCUGAUGGAUCUUACCAAGUGUAAAUUUAUUUUGACGAGUACAGCUGAUUCAAAUUCUUGACCAGUGUGUACAGUGGCAUUCCCAUUACUGUGUAGAAGUCGCCGUUUAUUGAUUCGAUAAGACAGCCGCCGGUUCCUUGGAUUCCGUAGCCGCCUGCUUUGUCCCUGGAAUUUUUUAUGUAAAAUGUGAUUUUUUAUUUAAUAAAUGAAGAAAUGAUUUUUAA